UCAGUUGGUUAUUCUAUACAACAUCAUCCAUCAUCCAUCUUAUCCAAUUCUUAGGAACAGACAUUGCAAUAGUACUAUUGGUUGGUUUAUCCCCCCCACCUGUUCUACAAUUUCAGCAUUGACACAUUAUUAUACAAAACAGGCGCCCGAUACUUUUGCACCAUCUUCUUCUUACUUCAACCCAAGCAACCUUGGAAGCUCUUUUCUUCUUCUAAAUUUUUCAGCAUACAAAUAGGAUAGUUUUACCUUCACACUUAUCACGGCUUCUGAACCCGGGAAACAAAAGUUUCUUCUACCCAUCAGUCCCGAACAUACUCUUACAUUUAUCUUAACCGCCAUACAAGAUGGAAGGAUUCCCAUCCGAAAUCGUCCUCGGCAUUGCUGAGUGCCUAGAUUCUAAGUCCCUUCUCAACCUCAUGCUGGCAAACAAGCAACUGCACGCGCUCAUCAGCAACCACGAGCGUUCGAUCUCUACGAACAUUGUGUCGAACUUCGUUAUUCCGCCGAUUGGUACGGUAUUAUCGUCCGAGAUGUUUAUGCGCCGCCCCGUUACGGAGGGUACUUUCCAGAUGGCCGCUGAGAUCGCCAAGCGUGACACCCACACCGAGGGUGUUUUGAAUUCCGACUUUGUGAAGCGGAGCAUGCCAGCUCGCUUCGAAUCAUCAAGCGCCGAACAGAAGCAGGUAUUACACGCGCUCCUCAAGAAGGCAAUUCUGCAAUGCAACCACAUUGCAGACAUUGCUGUCAAGUCUCCAUGUCGCCCAAUGAACGAAAUGUGCUACAACUGGAUGAAGGGGAAAUUUUUCGAGCCUCGCGACUUGCCCUUGGGUUACCGGCUCAUGGACCCGUGUACCAACAUGGGCGCGCGCGCGAGUCAGCGCGAGUACCUCACCACCCUUGCUAAGGAAGAGAUCGCAAUGAUCUACUUCCUCGUAACGACCCUGAGUUGGGGAUUCUUCCUCGACAACUUUGACCUCGCCCACGCUGACACCAACUUCCCAGAGCGUCAGGUGGUCUUCAAGGAGUGCGUGCUCCGCCACGGCUCGUGGUUCGCAUGGAGCCACAUCCUCGGAGAUGGUGCUUGGAAGUCAAUGGCAGACAAGGUGCAGAAGAUCGGCUGGACCGAGCUCGUUAGUUUCGAGCUCGGCGAUGAAGAUACUCCCCCCAGUCUGCAUUCGACUCUGGUGGAACGCUUCAACGAGCUGUACAUGUCGGACCCCUCUGCCUGGGACGGCACAACCAAUGGCCAGGUGAACGUCCUCAGCCAAGUAGUCUACGACCUCGUCACCGGGGACGAGAAGGAGGAGAAGCCCGCGGAAAAGUCUGCGGAGGAAAUUGCGGAGGAAGUUGUGAUGGAACUUUUGGAGGCAGCAGUGGAGGAGGCCGGAGAGUAAGGAGCGCAAUAGAAUGCGCCCGUAGCCGAGGAUGAUGAUGAUGAUGAUGAAUUUGUUUACGUCCAAGGGCUAUAGCAGUACUAAGUACACAUAGCAGCGCGUAUCGGUGACGCAUGGGACGUCUAGAGUACCUAGGUAGGUAGGCAGAGCUAGAGUUCCGCUUGACAUAAGGAAAUUUUAUCCUCCACUCCUGCCUCU